AUGGCUAAUGACUAUGCUUCGCCAUCUCCUCCUUCGAACCCAAGCUCCUUGAGUAGAAUGCAUUUGAUUGAAUUCCUGCAAGGCGGAGAAAGUGACAGAGCAUUUGAUGGUGUUGAGAAUCAAAACCAUAUCAGAAUGGAUUGGGACUCUCUUCAGGAAGAUCCUUCUUCAACAGAUGGGCUCAAGGCUAGCCAGCCAGAUUUUUCCAUGACUCGUGAAGAUGGCUUUCCUGAAGACAAUAAUGGACAUCGGCAACUAAAUAAUAAUGUUUAUGAGUUGUCUAGUGUAGCGAAUAAAGAGAAAGCUAAGAGUAAUAAUGAGGACUCUGCUUUCUCGGCAUUAAUUGAGGCAAGAGGGUCCAAGCAUUUAAGUGAAUCUAAUCAACUGUACCCUGAAGGCAAGAAAUGCUGUACAGUUAAUAUAGGAAAUGAUAAUGAAGCUCUGCUAGCUGGAAAUGGAUCUUUACAUACUGAGGUAGUAUCCACAUUUGAAGGUGAUAUAGCCUCUAGUUCAGAUUCUGGUUCAGAUGAUUCAGACGCUGACGACAGUGUCAAUUCCAGCAAUAUGAGAGGACGGAAAAAGAAAAUCCGAAGAAUCCUUGAUGACUCUGAACUGAGGGAAGAGACCAAGAAGAAAAUUGCAAUUGAACAGAUCCUGAGAGAAAAGUGCCAGAGGAGGAUUGCAUUAACUGGAUCACCUCUUCAGAACAAUUUGAUGGAGUACUAUUGUAUGGUUGAUUUUGUUAGAGAAGGAUUUCUUGGUAGCAGCCAUGAGUUUAGGAAUCGUUUCCAAAAUCCAAUAGAAAAUGGCCAGCACACCAGUUCUACUGUAGAAGAUGUAAAGAUAAUGAAUCAAAGAUCUCAUAUUCUGUAUGAACAGUUGAAAGGAUUUGUUCAGAGGACGGACACCAGCGUGGUUAAAAAAGAUUUACCCCCCAAAACUGUAUUUGUUAUAGCAGUGAAGUUAUCUCCUUUACAAAGGGAACUCUACAAAAGGUUUCUUGAUGUUCACGGUUUUACGAAGGACAAGGCCUCUGGUGAAAAGAUAUUUAAGAGAUCUUUUUUUGCUGGGUACCAGGCUUUAGCUCAGGUAUACACUUGUGUUGCUUAAUCAUUCGCUUUGUGAUGCAAUAAUUACUUUUGUAUUCAUGCAGCUUUCUUUUUUAAAAGUUAA